CAUUCAACCGGCGUCAGUUGAAUUCAAAAAGCCAAAGCGAUAACAGCUAAAGCAAAAGUUCUACAUCAAAAAGAAACAUUUACAAAAGUAAUCUUAAAGUGUUUAAAAAUGGCAAACCUACCAUUGUUGUUGAGCCUGGCCGACGAUUUGGGCCGCAUGUCGGUGGUGCCCUUCUACGAGCCGUAUUACUGCCAGCGCCAGAGGAAUCCCUACUUUGCCCUCGCCGGUCCCAUGGAGCAGCAGUUGCGCCAGCUGGAGAAACAGGUGGGCUGUUCGUCGGGAGCCUCGGGGGCCGUUUCGAAAAUUGGAAAGGAUGGCUUCCAGGUCUGCAUGGAUGUGUCGCACUUUAAGCCCAGCGAACUGUCCGUCAAGGUGCAGGAUAAUUCCGUGCUGGUAGAGGGUACUCAUGAGGAACGCGAAGAUGACCACGGCUUUAUUACCCGGCACUUCAUACGGCGCUACGCACUUCCCGAGGGCUACGAAGCGGAUAAGGUGGCCUCCACUUUGUCCUCGGACGGAGUCCUUACUGUGAAGGUUCCCAAGCCGCCGGCCAUCGAGGACAAGGCCAACGAGCGCAUCGUUCAGAUCCAACAGGUGGGUCCCGCCCACCUCAAUGUCAAGGAAAAUCCUAAGGAGCAGCUGGAGAAGGAUAAUGGCAACGAGAAGUAGGACCAUUCGUUGCUAAGGAGACACUGUAUUUAACCAUUAUCAAAGUCAUAUAUCUGUUUUAUAAAAAGUAGUUAACCAGGGGCACUCUACCCAUACAUACAUAUAAGACUUAAGGGAGUGUCCUGCUUUAAUCAUAGUUUGAAAUAUGCAUUCUGUAAUUGGCUGAUUAAAUAUAAAUAAUAAUAAUAA